AGUAAUGUGACCAAUUGAAUCUGGGGUGUCUGGAGUUUGACACUGCAAAUCACAGUGGAGUACAGAGCAAGACUCUCAGUCACAUUGAAAGACAGCCUCAGUGGAGAGAGAUUUUUCCCCUUUUUUGACUAUAGGAUUUAUUUUGGGAUUUUAAACCUCAUCUUCCAAGGAAUUAUUGCCACAGUUGUUUGCUUAACAGACUCAGAGACAGUCUAAGAGGAACAGGUCAGAGAGGUCCAGUUUAGGCCCGAGCACAGCUCAAGGGUCAAUUUCCUUUGCCCUGUUUGAGAUCUGCCUUCAACCAUGACGACCAAAUCCAACAGCAGUGUUCUGGCUGGCAAAGCUUCCUCCUACCCUCUCUUGUCUUCUCCACCUCGGCAACGUUUAGUCACUAAAGAUGGACACUGUACACUUAAUGCCCCUGUCUGCCCAUCAAAUUCAUGGCGUAGAAGCUGGAGCAGAGUUUGGAUACUGGCACUGCAGGAUUUGUGGGGACUGUUGGUGAGUCUGCGCUGGAGAUGGGUACUCCUCGCCUUCUGUGCAUCCUUCAUUGCCCACUGGCUGUUGUUUGCCUGCUUGUGGUACUUGCUGGCUCAUCUCAAUGGAGACCUUGCCGUGAAAAAUCAUGAUGACCCCCCACAGGAUCACGUGGUUUGCGUGAAACACAUUACAAGUUUCACUGCUGCCUUUUCCUUUUCUCUUGAGACACAGUUGACCAUUGGGUAUGGCACCAUGUUCCCUAGUGGAGACUGUCCCAGUGCCAUAGCACUGCUUGCUGUGCAGAUGCUGCUGGGGCUUAUGCUGGAGGCCUUCAUCACAGGUGCAUUCGUAGCCAAGAUUGCACGUCCUCAGAAGCGAGCAGGAGCCAUCCAAUUCAGUCCACAGGCAGUAGUGGGCCAACACCAGGGCCAGACGUGUCUAAUGAUACGAGUUGCUAAUCUUGUGCACCGACCUCUUGUGGACGUAAAGGUGAGUGCUGUGCUCUUUGAGGAACAGGAAGGUCAAGCUCUGUACCAGACCUCGCUGGAUUUCCACUUGGACCAUUUAGGGCAACAGCCAUGCCCUUUUUUUAUUUUCCCUCUUACUUUUUAUCACCCACUGGACCGCCAGAGCCCUCUAUACUCUGCACUGUGUGAAGGCACUUCUAACCACUUUGAGCUAGUCAUCUUUCUAACAGCAUUGCAAGAGGGAACUGGGGACUCCUGCCAGAAGAGAACCUCCUACUUACGGCAAGAAAUUCAGUUUGACCGCCGAUUUCUACCUGCUUUAGGACUGGAUUCGCGGGGCAGGUACUUGGUGAGCAAAGAGCACUUUGACACUGCCCACUCAAAGGAGCCCUUAAACAAGGAUUGUGUGGUGCAGAUCAAUGGUGAUGACGCUGACAGAAUGGAGUAAACAUGAUAAGCAGGAACUUCAAUUUGGACUUUUGUAGGGGGUCCUUUUCACAUUGAUAUUUUGGUAAGGAGAUUUCAAAUUAUUUUAUUAUUAACAUUAUGUCAGAAAUUGGUGAUGCUGUUUUUUUCCACCACUUUCAUUUGUUCAUGUCAGUUUGAAGUAUGUGCACCCCUUUUUGUUUCUUUCCUCACCUGCUUUUAUAUAUAGAGAUAUA